UUUUCCCACACGGCCACACCUGCCCCCGACGAGCGACACGCCGCCACGCCAUCGGCAUGGGCGGAGGCGCGCGGUUACCCCCACCUCGUCCUCCCCGACUUCACUUCCACCCGUCAACGCCGAUUCCCUAUCUGCACGCUACCGCGCCUGUCGCCGCCUCCUCCACCCUCUUUGUCCAUCGCCCCGCUCCAAUCCCGAGCGCCCGCGUCUCCCGCCCGCGCCGCCGCGCCGCCAUGUCUGCCACCACCGCCGCCGACUCCUCCUCCACCAUCGGAGUAUCGGAUGCCACGGGGGUCGACGCUCGCUCGUUGGAGAGCGUCGGGCAAAACGACCUACUGAUCGUCGGACCUGGCGUGCUUGGCCGGAUCGUCGCUGAGAUGUGGAAACAGGAACAUCCAGGUUCCAAUGUUUAUGGCCAUACUGCAACCACAGAUCAUCACUGUGAAUUAACUGAACUUGGUAUCAUUCCCUCCUUGAAGGGGUCCAUACCAGGUCCAAAAUUUCCAUAUGUUAUUUUCUGUGCUCCGCCAUAUCGUUCUGAGGAUUAUGCUGGGGACCUGAGAGUAGCAGCUUCGAAUUGGAAUGGAGAAGGCUCUUUCCUGUUCACCUCGAGUACUGCCGUCUAUGACUGCAGUGAUAAUGGAUUGUGCAGUGAGGAUUCUCCAUGCAUACAGAUUGGUCAAAGCCCUCGUACGGAUGUCCUUCUAAAAGCUGAAAAUGUUGUCCUUGAGGCAGGAGGCUGUGUUCUCAGGCUAGUAGGACUUUACAAAUCGGAUCGAGGUCCUCAUGUUUACUGGUUGUCAAAAGGAACCUUGGAUGCACGUCCUGACCAUAUACUCAAUCUGAUACAUUAUGAAGAUGCCGCCUCCCUUGCAAUUGCCAUCAUGAAAAGGAGAUUACGCGGCCGCAUCUUUGUGGGCUGUGAUAAUGAGCCUCUAUCUAGGCAAGAGAUUAUGGACCGUGUCAACAGAAGUGGAAAAUUUGACACUAAAUUCCAGGGCUUCACUGGGACUGAUGGUCCACUGGGGAAAAGGAUGGAGAAUUCCAAAACCCGGGCUGAGAUCGGAUGGCAGCCCAAGUAUCCAAGUUUCACAGAGUUCCUUGGUCUCAGCAAUCUCUAACUUUCAUGCGAUGUUGCUAAAUUCUUAUGAUUCAAGAUGAACACGGAUGCAUAAAAAAUGAUGAUAGAUUUGGACGUGAAAUGUUGAAUGCUCAUACAGUCACACUGCAGUUUUAGGCUCCUUUUGUUUUUUUUUCUGUUAGAUCAUGUAAAGCAUUGCAUCAUGGUGUGGCACAUGUACUUAAGUUGCCCUCUGUUUUCUUUUGUUAACUCACGAAAGCAUUGUACCUUCUCAUCUGUUCCAACACUUGUAAUUGUUUCCAUUGCUCAAUACCCCCGUCUCAGUGUC